AUGGCGAGAGCAAAGGCCAAGCUGAGGGGUCCAGCCGGGCCACCCAGGGCACCGCGAAGGUCAACCAGAAACAAGCAAUUGGAUGAUGCGCCUCCCGAUGCCGUCCCCGACGUGUUUCGAGAGAUGCUCUCGGAGGCUGAAUCUGAUAGAGCCGAACAUGUCCGUCCUCUGAAAAAACGCAAGGUCGAACAGCCCGUCGAUGAAUCCGCCUCGCCGGUGCCGCCGGCUGCUGUUGACCGGGGAAGUAGCAAUGGGCCAGAAGAGGAUACGCCCAAGCUACAGACCAUAAUCGACGAGUCUGAGUCGGACGAUAGCGAUAUGGAUUGGGAGGAUGUGGAUCUAGACCAGAAAAGCGCCGAUGCUGUCCUGCCGCCGCUCACGAAAGCCCAGGCAGAGGAGACUCUUCAGAUAGAGAUAGGCAACGAUGACACAAAGAACAAGCCGGAAAGAGCCCGUAGGAAAGCAGCCACUGCCGCCGAAAGGGCUGUGAAGCUCCACAUCCACAAAAUGCAUCUUCUGUGUCUGUUGUACAACUCGCAUAUUCGCAACGCAUGGUGCAAUGACGACAAGGUCCAGUCUUCUUUGAAGAGAUUUCGAAGCGCUAGAAUCAUUGAUCUGUUCGCACCCGAUCCAAAUCAAUCACAAUUCGCGGCCUCCAAAGCCUUCACUGACGGUCUUCACCUUGUGAAAGAAGCGUGGAAAAGGUUCAAAAUCACAUCUGUAGGGCUAAGGCGAGCGAGAUGGGCUCAAUAUACCAAGGAUCUUGAAGGCUUCAGAAUUCCUGCAAACGCAGACCCGGUCAUGGAUGCCUCAGACUUCCGCAAGGCUGCUGUUGCCUUCGAAGGAUCGCCGGAUACCGGUGCAAUGCUUUUUUGCGCCUUUCUCAGAGCCCUUGGGGUGGAUGCUCGAUUGGUCUGCUCUCUUCAACCGCUUCCAUUUGCCGGCGCUCAGCCUACCCCAGCGUCAUCCACCCAUGAUCAAGGCAAAACCGUAUAUGCAGAUGACCACAGCGACGAAAAGAUGACGCCGAGCCCGAAAGCCACGCCACUUAGGAGGAUCACAAGAAUUGGACGACCUGGACUGAAUUCAUCAUCCUCUCGCCAAGCAGUUACUCCGUCACCUGUGAAACCAACCAAGGCAAUUCCCCAUCCUCGAUACCCAGUAUUCUGGGUCGAAGCCUUCAAUCCUGCGCAACAGAAAUGGAUUACAGCUGAUCCAAUCGUCACCGGCACCAUUGCAAAACCGUCUCGUCUCGAGCCACCAUUAAACGAUCCCGACGUUAGCAUGACAUACGCCGUAGCCUUCGAGGACAAUGGUGUUGCGAAAGACGUUACCCGCCGAUAUGCAAAAGCGUACAAUGCAAAGACCAGAAAAUCGCGCGUCGAGUCCACCGAGAAUGGAAGUCGUUGGUGGAGAAAGGCUAUGAAGCUUUUUAAAAGAAAAACAAUACUGGACAGAGACCAGGUCGAAGACGCCGAGCUUUCCCGUCGCGAGGCCCAGGAGGAAAUGCCCAGGAAUGUGCAAGACUUCAAAGACCACCCGUACUACGUCCUCGAGCGCCAUCUCAAGCACAACGAAGUCAUCCACCCCAAGCGCGAAUGCGGCCAAGUCAACGUCGGCACCGCGGCCAACACCAACCUCGAAUCCAUCUACCGCCGCCGCGACGUCCACCAGCUCAAAUCCGCCGACAAGUGGUACCGCCUCGGCCGCGAGAUCAAGCCGGGCGAGCAGCCCCUCAAGCACGCCAAACCGCGCCGUUCGAGACAACAACAGCGCCUCCCCCCCUCCCCCUCCGACGACAACAACGCCAACGACGAAGCCGGGGACGCCCUCGGCGCCGCCCUCUACGCCCCCUUCCAAACCACGCUCUACAUCCCGCCCCCUUGCGUCCGCGGCCGCGUCCCCCGCAACGCCUUCGGCAACCUCGACGUCUACGUCCCGUCGAUGGUGCCGCCCGGCGGCGCGCACGUACGCGACCCGCGCGCCCGCCUCGCCGCGCGCCUGCUGGCGGUCGACUUCGCCGACGCCGUCACGGGCUUCACGUUCCGCGGCCGCCACGGCACCGCCGUCGUCGAGGGCGUCGUCGUGGCGGAGGAGUGCGCGGACGCGGUGCGCGCGGUGCUGGACGGCCUGGCGGACCUCGCGGCGGAGCGGGAGAGGGAGAGGAAGGGGAGGGAGGCGGUGAGGCUGUGGAAGAGGUUCUUGCUGGGGCUGAGGGUGCUGGAGAGGGUGGGGGAGUAUGCGAGCGUGGAGGAGAGGAGGGAGAGGGAGAGGGCGAUGAGGGAGAGGGUGGAGGUGGAGGAGCGGGAGGAGGAAGAGAGGAGGAUGGCGGUGGAGGAGAGGAGGGUGGCGGAGGAGAAGGGAAGAGUGGCGGAGGAGAUGGCGGGCGGGUUUUUGCUGGCCGAGGGCGCGGGGGAGGCGCCGGCGCAGCCGACGGCGGGGAGGAUGCUGGCGGUCGCGGAUGGGUAUGGCGAGGGGGGGUACUAUGACGGUGAUGGCGGCGGCUUCUUACCUGAUGAAGGAGGGGACGAGGAGGACGAUGCCAACGAUGAGCCGAUAGGUGGAGGUGGGUUCGUUCCGGAGGACGGAGGUGGCUCUGUCCCAGAGCACGGAGGCGGAUUUAUUACUGGUGGCGGCCGCGACUUUAUUCCUGAAAGUGGUGGUGAAUUCUCUGCAGAAGAUGGCGGAGGCUUCCUGCCCACCGAGGGUGGAAGCUUCAUCCCGGACGAAGAAGAUGGAGGUGGUGGUUUCGUGAGAGAAGAUACGAAUCCUGAGCUAGGUGCUCGCCAUACUUCAUCGGAGCAGCGGAAAUCCCAGCAAGAACAGAAGGAUGAAGCAGAGACUUUCCCGGCAGGCCCCACGUCCCCAGAGACAAUGGACAUCUAUGACGAGGCGGACCAGCAACAUGUGUCAGCUGAAGAACAGGAUGAAGCAUCUCAGCCGACUGCAGCUGUUGCUCAAGAGUUGGAAUCGGUGUUAGAUGCUCGGCCACAGCGGAGCAUCCCUGGUGUUCAGCUGGAUUUGGCAGGCGCUGUGCAAUCAUCAAAGGUAGAAGCACAAUCGCCUGAGAAGGUCACAGGAAUGGCGGAGGAUGAGAAAGCAUCUUCGGCAGAUGAUGACAAGGAUUCAUUGCCCUCGCACGAUCCAGAGGAUGAAGAUGCAGAGCCAGAGUGGUUGGCGGAGGAGGUAGUGAGUGAUUGA